AGGCUCCCAUCUCCGCCUCCCCUCUCCCACCCCUCCUCCGCUGCGCUGCCUGCGUCGCCCCCGUCUCCACCGAGUCCAAAGUAAUUUCACGGGAACUGAAAUCCGUCCCAAAUUAUUCGAAACCGAGGCGAAAUCACCCCCCGUAUUCGGCCGGAACCGAAACCCAUCUUGGUUCCGGGCUUCUGGCGAGCAUCCAGCCUCGCCCUCGCCCUAAGCUCCCCCCCCCAUGGCGUUUCACGUCGCGUGCCCCAUCACUUGUCGGAGGCUGUGCGACUGCGAGCUAGGGUUUGGGGCGGCGAGGGGGAAGGAGGCGAAGGCGGGGGUAUGGGCGGACGCGGCGGCGGCGCUCGAGGGCUUCCUCGCGGAUCCGUGGCUGCUGAGGCCGGCGGAGGCGGGGGAUGGCGUGGCGGUGGGCACCGUGCAGGUGGAGGUGCCGCCGCUGCCGCUGGCGGAGGAGGCCGAGGACGAGGCGCACAGGGCGGCCAUGCAGCGCCAGGCGGCCGCCGCGGAGGACUUCGCCCGGCGGCUCGAGGGCUCCUACGGGUUUCCGGAGGCUGAAGGAGAUGACGAUGACUCGGACCAAGAAGAAGGAAAUGCUGCUAUCAAGGUUAUGUGCCGCUUAUGCAUCUCAGGAGAAAAUGAGGGCAGCUCAAAAGCUGCAAAAAUGCUUCCAUGCAAACUCUGCAACAAGAAGUAUCAUAAGAAGUGUGUGAAAUACUGGGGUGAACAUAGAGAUCUUUUCCACUGGAGUUCAUGGGUCUGCCCCUCUUGCCGCAGCUGUGAGGUGUGUCGACGGCCUGGUGAUCCCAAUAAGCUAAUGUUCUGUAAAAGGUGUGAUGGUGCUUAUCACUGUUAUUGUCAGCAGCCGUCUCACAAGAAUGUUAGCCAUGGACCAUACUUAUGUCCAAAACAUACAAGGUGCCACAGCUGUGGGUCUGGUGUACCUGGGAGUGGUCAUAGCACAAGGUGGUUUUUGGGAUACACAUGCUGUGAUGCUUGCGGGCGACUGUUUGUGAAAGGAAACUACUGCCCAGUUUGCUUGAAGGUUUACAGAGAUUCUGAAGUGAUACCUAUGGUCUGCUGCGAUGUUUGUGAAAAGUGGGUACAUAUUGAGUGUGAUGGCAUCAGCGAGGAAAAAUACCAGCAAUUCCAAGCUGACGAAAAUCUGCAGUAUACAUGCGCAUCAUGUCGUGGUGAAUGCUCCCAGAUCAGGGAUGCAGAAGAUGCAGUUCGGGAGCUUUGGAAGAGGAGAAAUAUUGUUGACCAUGAUCUUAUGGUUAGUUUAAGGGCUGCUGCUGCACUGCCUUCUUUGGAAGAUGUAUCACCAUCAAAUCCAAACUCAGAUGAUGAAAGACUCGGUGCAUUUGUACCAAAAAAUGAUGGUAGAAACACACUAAAAUUCUCUUUCAAAAGUAACAGCAGUAAGCCUCCAUUAGAUCAAUCUGGGCAAGAGAAGAAUGUUCCCAAGACCUCAGGGUCGAAUAAGAAGCAUUCCAAGAAAAAAGGCAAUCAAGGAAAUAUAUCAGUUGGUGAUCCAGAUGAGAUCUUCUUGGAGAAAAGGCAUGAAGCCAAAUCAUAUAGUAAUUUGGGAGGUCAUACUAUAGAGGGUAAUCAUGGACAGAGUACAAUUAAGAAUGAUGAUAGUGUGUUUACUUUAUCUGCAACUCGAAGUUCAGAGAAAGGUGCUGCAAACAAUGCCGAUAUGAUACCCAAAGUCAAAAUCAGAGGCAGUAAGGCCCCGAGUUUGCAUUUCAAAGAUGUGGGCGAGGUUAAUACUGCCAAGAGUGAUGCAGGGAAAGGUACCAAGUUGGUUUUUCAUUUUGGAACACGUCACAAAAGUGGGAGUGGCUCUCCCAAGUCUGAAAUGACCAAUUCUCAUAAAGAGCAAGAGCUUGGUUCACUGCAUGGAGGGAAGAUUGAUGUAACAAGCCAGUUCAAAAGCUCGAAGAGUGAGAAAAAAGAAAAGAGUGUGAUGAAGCUAGUUAGAGAGACUGGUGUACAACAAAGAAAUAGCCUUUUGGGAGAUUUGGGCACUUCCAAAAAGCAUGUAACUGGAAAAAGGAGCAAUGCUAUAAUCUCUGGCAUGGAAAAUGCAGGUGAAAGUGGUACAAGAAGCAGAUCAUUUGGACAUAAACAAUCUAUUCCCAAUCAGCUGACAGAUAACCAGGCCACUGCUUCAUUACCUGUCAACAACUCCCCUGACAGCUUAAAGCCAUCAUUGCUCAAACUUAAGUUUAAGCGUCCACAUUUUGAGCAGCCAAGUGCCCAGGUUGCUCAACCAGAGGAGACGGCCACCUGGGCUUCUCAGCAAGAGGAGUUAAAUGUUGCUAAAGGUCAGAGAUCAAAGAGGAAAAGACCUUCGAUGGACAAGAUGGAUGGUUCGGAAGGCAAGACUCCAGGCAAAAGGCAUCAGCAGAGCACAGGCGAUGAAGCAAUGGAUGCCACCUGGAUACUGCGCAAGUUGGGCAAGGAUGCGAUUGGGAAGAGGAUUGAGAUCCAACUACCUUCUGAUGGCAAAUGGCAUCAAGGGGUGGUAUCCAAUGUCCUCAGUGGCACACUUUGUGUUCAGUUAGAUGAUGGUAGCUCUGAGAACUUAGAGCUGGGAAAGCAGGCAGUUCGUCUGGUAGCUCAAAGAUCAAAGGGCGGAAAGAGAUGAAACCUUCUCUAUGUCCCUCUCAGUUUCCAUCAGAGCGGCUGCUGGGGUUCACCAGGUUGUAACAUCUGAAGUGCAGCAGUUGAAGGCUACUGCUGUUCAUGAGGCUGGUCCUCCCAGUGCUGCCGCUGAUGACCGGAUGAGACAUGGAGCGCAACCUUGCUUGUUGCACAGAACAUUGGCCAGUCUAGAAUGUAACAGACUUUUGUUUCAGGGUGUUUGAAGCUCAAUUGGCUUCCAUUGAAUUCUGUCAGGUGUAGAGAUGACUGGAAAAGUAGUUGGUUACCAUGGAUCUAGAAGAAUGUUUGGUUGUUCUUGUACAUGUAGUUGUUUUGUCUUGGCAUAUUUCCUUGUGAUCGCAGGUGGGUUUUCGGAUUGGUUUUGACCUGUUUGGGUAGAUAUCUGGUGCCGGUGCCAUACAUCGAGACUUAUUGCCAUUAAUAAGCAUAGACUGCAAUAGUAUUUCUCAA